AUGAAAUGGGUCACCGAGUCGUCUCCGGCAGUUGUCACCCGGCGGAGCGGAAAAACGGCGACUUUGCGGCUCUCCGGCGACUGUCACCCGACGGAGAGGAGCUGGAUGGAGGUGGGGCGCGUGUCAGGGAGCUUCAUCCUCAGGUUCGCACAACAAGAGGAGACUCUUCAUCACAUCUGGUACGCUCUCAGGAGGUGGCGACUCGUCUCCCAGCAGAUCGUCCUCUUCCCGACGACAGCUUGUUCGUCGAUCAAUCGGAGAUGGUUUACUCGAUGGAUUCACGAUCCUUUUAUCGCGAAUCGUUUAGCAAUUUUAGUAGCAAUGCUCCGCGAAUCGCGAUGACGAGAUUUUCGCCGAUGAUCUAGUGAUUCUGGUUGCUUAAUCUUUCACCGGCGAUCUGCAGAAAAGUCGUGAUAAUCAGAUAAAAAGAUAUGAAUUUUGACUCUGAGAGGAUUCGAACCCGCGCCGGUUGUCCGUCCCUUCUGAGGAAGGUGUGACGGGGGUUUAGUCCCACAUCAGUUGUGCGCCGAUUUUUCAGGCGAAUAUAUAGUAAUGUUAGCUUUUUAAGCAAAGUCCCUUCUCUCGCGUGUACGACCACUCCUUGCCCCACAGCCGGUUGGCCACCGGUGACGUGGAAGGGGAGUGGCGCACACGUGCCCCUAUCGGUCCAAGCCGCUCGAGCCCCUGCUCGCGGCUACUCCCUGACUGAGCUUCCGACUCGCUUGCGGGCCCAGCUGGCCGGCGGGUCCCCUCAUUUUGCAAUAUUUUAG